GACGCAGGCUGCGUUUUUAUAACGUGAGAGGGUCUCGUUAAAGCGGAGUUCCACCGCCUCCAUCCACCGCCGCAGACGUCACUCUGAACCGGCUCCGCCGUCGUUCGCUAACGUGGAUCCGCGGGCGUUAAUGAGAUGCUGACGCACAGGCGCUUCAAAGCGCGCGUGCGCUCGGCUGGACGCUGCCAACUUCGUGCUCCGCAGACUUCCUGCUUCUAAGUUUUCCACCGCAUUCCUCGGCGAUAAGCUCAUGCCAACGCACACAAUGACAAGCAGAUGGCUGCUACGCCAGACGCCUUGAACAAUGCUCACCUUCACAUCUUAUCUCACAAUCUGUCCGAGCCGCGUCCACCUCGUUCAUGGUCCACGUCUGAAACGUGACAGUUUCUUUUCGUGCCGGACGUGACGUCACUGCUUCAUUUUGUCUGCAAGGAUCGCGCAGCAGCACCGCAGGGGGUGCACACAAAUCGGGUGGCUGAAGGAAGGCGCGAGUCUCCCGCCGCGACGAUGGCCGACGCCUCGCACUGCUUCUACUGCCGCGACGACCUGGGGGGGAAGAGGUUCGUCCGCAGCGAGGGGAGGCCGGUGUGCGUCCGCUGCCACACCAAGUUCUGCGCCAACGCCUGCGCCGAGUGCCGUCGGCCCAUCUCUGUGGAAACGAAGGAGCUCAGCCAUAAGGGCCGCUACUGGCACGAGGAGUGUUUCCGCUGUGCCAAAUGUUACAAGCCUCUGGCCAAGGAGCCCUUCAGCACCAAGGACGAGCGCAUCCUGUGUGGAAAGUGCUGCUCCAGAGAAGAUGCCCCGCGCUGCCACGGCUGCUACAAGCCCAUACUGGCCGGUACAGAGAGUGUGGAGUACAAGGGCAACUCGUGGCACGACGAGUGCUUCACGUGCUGCGACUGCAAGCGUUCGAUAGGGAGCCAGAGUUUCCUCUCCAAAGGGACGGAUGUUUACUGCAGCCCCUGCCACGACAAGAAGUUCGCCAAGCACUGCGUCAGCUGCAAAAAGCCCAUAACCUCCGGUGGGGUCAACUACCAGGAGCAGCCCUGGCACGGCCACUGCUUCGUGUGCAGCACCUGCUCCAAGCCUCUGGCCGGGUCCAGCUUCACCAACCACCAGGACCAGGUCUUCUGCGUCAGCUGCUACAAGAACUGUGUGGCCAAGAAGUGCAGCGGCUGCCAAAACCCCAUCACAGGCUUCGGGAAAGGCGUGAACGUCGUGAACUACGAGGGCAGCUCCUGGCACGAAUACUGCUUCAACUGCAAGAGAUGCUCCCUCAGUCUGUCCAACAAGCCUUUCGUGGCCAAAGGCAGAGACAUCCUCUGCACCGACUGCGGCAACAAGCAGUGAGGGCUGCUCACUCAACGUCCACAGGCUGUUAACCGGCAUUAAAAAGAAAGAAUUCCAUUUAAAUCUUUGUUUAUGAUCAGCUUGACAUUCCGGGGGUGGGGCGACAUCGACAUCCAAAGUCCAAGUUCAACAUGCACCGUCCCGAGUGAGGCCACUUAUUAGAGCUGCAUUAACAAAUCUGUGCCUGUGUCGUCAGAUGUCACAAGUUUGAAGUUUUUUCUGUUUGUUUCCAUUGUUUUUGUUUUCCUAUAACCAAAAUCCAUUUAAAUAAUCAAAUAAUGACCAAGUUCUUAUUGUAUUUUCUAAACCAUUUGAAUAAAUCAAUACAUAUAUGCAAACUGCCUUCAUGUGUUGCUAAAAUGGACAAGUAAACCAACAAGAAUCAG